AUGGCUGGAGUCGCAGUACAGCCCCACCCCCGGCCCCAGAGCCCUCUGAACUUUGGAUCUGAGCAGCUGAGCCAGCUCCAAGCUGUCAUGGAUCCCGAAGGCCUGGCGCUCCUGCUGCCCCCGGCCACGCUGGCCGCCCUGGCCGCCGGCUGGCUCCGCGAGGACUGCCCGGGCCUGAACCUCGCGGCCGCGGCCACCGGGGCGGCCCCCGCGCAGGCGGCGCUGUGGGCCAAGUCCCCGGGCAUCCUGGCCGGGCGGCCUUUCUUCGACGCCGUCUUCGCCCAAGUCCACUGCCAGGUCUCCUGGCUGCUCCCGGAGGGGGCCCGGCUGCAGCCCGUGGCCAAGGUGGCCGAGGUGCGCGGCCCGGCGCACGGCCUCCUGCUGGGCGAGCGGCCGGCCCUGAACGCGCUGGCCCGCUGCAGCGGGGUGGCCAGCGCGGCGGCGGCGGCCGUGGCGGCCGCCCGGGGCGCGGGCUGGGCCGGGCAGGUGGCGGGCACGCGGAAGACCACGCCCGGCUUCCGGCUGGCGGAGAAGUACGGGCUCCUCGUGGGCGGGGCCGCCGCUCACCGCUACGACCUGGGCGGGCUGGUGAUGGUGAAGGACAACCACGUGGUGGCCGCCGGCGGAGUGGGCAAGGCGGUGAGGCGGGCCCAGCAGGUGGCCAACUUCACCCUGAAGGUGGAGGUGGAGUGCAGCAGCCUGCAGGAGGCCCUGGAGGCGGCGGAGGCCGGAGCAGACCUCGUGCUGCUGGACAACUUCAGGCCGGAGGAGCUGCACCCCACGGCUGAAGCGCUGAAGGCCCGGUUCCCGCGUGUGGGCGUGGAGGCCAGCGGGGGCAUCACGCUGGGCAACCUGCCUCAGUUCUGUGGGCCGCACGUCGAUGUCAUCUCCUUGGGGAUGCUGACCCAGGCGGCCCCGGCUCUGGAUUUCUCCCUGAAGCUGUUUGCGGAGGGGGCCACUCCAGUGCCCCGCGCCCGCCGGUCCUAACGCCCAGGCGGAUGACACUGGCAAUGGGACAACAUGGUUUCUUGGGACUUUACCU